AUGACAGAGGAUCUAACACAACACAAUCCAGUUUCACCACCAUGUCAUUCUACCCGACCAGAUCUUACGAAUUACCAACAAGCAAAUCAACAGUAUCACCCAAUAGAACCAAUCCAUCUAAUAAGUAUUACGACUAGUCAACUACCAAAGAAGACACAAGGUAUGGGCUUUCAUACGAAAAGGAGCCGCAAUCUUUACGAUUAUGUGUUUUGUGUUAUCAUUGGAUUGAUCACAGGUUUUCUUAUUUCAAAUACUUAUUUAUCAACUCAAUGGAAAGUCAGAUUCGUACCCUGUCUUAGUGCAUUUACUGUUGCAAAUAGCCAUCAUCAUCGGUUACAGACACCACAUAUUUUACACAAUGGGGCAACCACUAAACUGUUGUUGAUUUGUGUUCUUACAACUAGACGCCAUAUUGAAUCUCGUGCUCUAGCUCUUCAUAGAGUAUUAACUCCCGACCUUUACAGUGACGUCAUAUUCUUUAUCGGUGGCGAAGAGCCAUAUAACGGAGAACUUCCGGUGGUUAUUUUGAAGGGUAUUCCUGAUGAUGAAUAUCCUCCCCGACGUAAAUCAUUCGCCAUGUUGCGGUAUGUUAAUCAAUUCUAUGGCAACCAUUUUAAUUGGUUUAUGAGAGUUGAUGACGAUAUAUACAUUAACCUGAAGAAACUAGAAAGUUUAUUGUUCAGAAUGAAUGCUGAAGAUAAGGUUUAUCUUGGUCAUCCUGGACUUGGUACCCAGAAGGAAUUUGGUCAUAUAGGCUUAGAAGGAGAUACUCCUUAUUGUAUGGGAGGACCAGGGGUCUUGUUAAGUCGGAAGCUUCUGAAUGGAAUAACUGGACAAUUAGCAACGUGUCUGAAUUCAACUGCCAGUGUUCACGAAGAUUCUGAAUUGGGAAGGUGUAUUUUUAAAUAUUUUGGACUAUCCUGUACACGCUCUGAAGAGGUAGGAUUAAAUGUUCUUUGGAAGUUCGAUUAG